GGCGUCCCGAAGGCUGUGAGAUGAGCAAGAGGAUGGUAAAGAACGCUUGAGAACGGUCCUACCGAUGUAAUAAGCUUUAGGUGGUGCUCGUGUAGGAAGAGAGAGAAGGACAGAAGGAAGGAGGAAAUGGAACUGCCAAAUCAUGCCAAACAACUGCUGCUGCAACUCAACCAGCAGAGAGCCAAGGGCUUCCUGUGUGAUGUUAUCAUCGUGGUGGAGAAUGCGCUCUUCCGUGCCCACAAGAACAUCCUGGCGGCAAGCAGCAUCUAUUUCAAAUCUCUGGUCCUCCACGAUAACCUUAUCAACCUCGACACAGAGAUGGUCAACCCCUCUGUAUUCAGACAAGUACUUGACUUCAUCUACACUGGGAAGCUCCUGUCCUCCUCAGACCAGAGCAGUGAGCAGAACUUCAGUGCCCUCUUGACCGCAGCCAGCUACCUCCAGCUCCAUGACCUCGCUGCUCUGUGCAGAAAGAAGCUCAAGCGCAGUGGCGGGAAACCCCUGCCAGGCAAACCCUCCACUCCAGGUCCCCUUAGUCGCUUACGACUCAACAACCAGCGCCACUCCUCUUCUACCCCCGCUGGCCCCAACAACCACUAUCAUCCGACCCCUUCAGAUGCUGACCAACCACAACCAGAUGAAGGCCUUCGGGACAAGCUCUCAGAUGAUGAGAUGUUUGUCGGCAGCUCUGGAAAGAAUGGGAAUGGAGGAAAUGGCAGCAGUAAUGGUAAUCUCAGCAGUGGAGCAAGUGCUGGGGAGCCAGAUCUUGGACUUGACCUGUCCAAGAAGAGUCCUCACUCUGCAGGCACAGCCACUGAUGCGCUCAGCCCGCACAGCAACUCCCAAGAAUCCCCUCAAUCUGCCUCAGUAUCCACAACCAACAGUGCCUCACUUGAUGACUCCUCAACCACUCUACCAGGUGUCGACACAUGCAUCUCAGAGACCAUGGACCUCAACUCCUCCUCUAAAACCUCAGAGGAAGUCCAAAACCAGUCUGAUGGCCCACCGCCCCAAAAGAAAACCCGACAGGGUGCUCGCAAGAAUGAAUGGCCUAAGAGAGAGGUGUCAGGGUUGAAGUCAGAAGAUCAUGACAGGCCUCUUGUAAAUGGAGUAAUAGUAGGUCCUAAAGAUGGCCGGUCUUCUGGGAUUGGUGGAGGGAGUAGCAGCAGCUUUGUGUCUGAUAAGUCCUUCCAGUGCAAAGUUGAGGAAGAGGAAGCAGAGAAUGGGCAGGACCACAGUGAAGAAAGUGGUCAAAGUGAUGGCGAGAGUGCAGGAGGUGGAGGGAGUUCAGGAGGAGGGCACCACAGCGCCAACUAUGUUUACCGGCAGGAAGGUUUUGAGCCAGCAUUUGGGGAUAACCUCUACGUGUGCAUUCCCUGUGGUAAGGGCUUCCCCAGUUCUGAGCAGCUCAAUGCUCACGUGGAGACGCACACAGAGGAUGAGCUCUACAUCAAAGAGGAGGGAGGGACCUUUGUGAAGGAGGAAGAUGAGGAGGAGGCAGAAGACCUUUCUGCAGCAGUUGGUCCCUCUGGCUUUGGCUCUGAAACACGUCCAUUCAAGUGUACAGUCUGCAGUAAGAGCUACAAAGACCCUGCAACGCUGAGACAACAUGAGAAGAGCCACUGGCUGACCAGGCCCUUCCCCUGCAACAUCUGUGGCAAAAUGUUCACCCAAAGGGGAACCAUGACACGCCACAUGCGCAGCCACCUUGGCCUAAAGCCUUUUGCAUGUGAAGAGUGUGGCAUGCGCUUCACACGGCAGUACCGUCUGACAGAGCACAUGCGUGUCCACUCUGGGGAGAAGCCGUAUGAAUGCCAGUUAUGUGGUGGGAAGUUUACCCAGCAGCGCAACCUCAUCAGUCACCUGAGAAUGCACACCUCACCCUCUUAGAAAUGCAUCAAGCCAAAGAACUCUGGGAAUAGAAAAAAAGAAACAUUUCUCUACCUUUUUUCCAUCUCGUAAGCAAAGAAAUGCACACCAUCACAUGCAGACACAUGGUUCUACAUAUUAAUUCCAGUUUACGAUACCCUGGCUGAGUGAAUGAUGUAGCCGUUAGCCACAGUGCUCUCUUGGUGAUGGUUGGAUCUUGUUGAUGCAAAGAUCAAGUCAUCGUUCAAAGGACAUUAGCUCACCUCUCAGGAGUUCCACAGGGACAAAUUUACUCCUGUUUCUCUCCAAAGUCACAAAGUCACAGUGAAGUGGCAUGACUUCUGGUUUGUUAAAUGUGAAUGUGGGCACUGAUAUAAUGUCAAGCCCCCUCACCUCAUACCCCUCAGCAGCCUUUCUCUCUUCACUCUUUAAGCAUUAAGUCUUUGAGUACUCAUCCAACAGAUAAACUCAAAAGCCCAGUCUGUACUCCAGAGCUAUGUUGACCAAAAACCCAUGCAAACGAUACUGGCAAUAAUUCAGCAAAAAGAUUAUUUUUACCCUAACAGCUUUAUAUCCUUUAUGUUGGUGAUGGGUAUUGGUAUGAAAGAGGAGGGUUAAAUGGGGUUGGCACCAUCUCCAUGCUUUAACUGAAAGUCCUGAAAGAAAGAAGGUUCAUGUUGGGAGGAUGUGUUUGUUUUUAACAGAUAACAAAUACUCAAAGUCCUCUCUACGGCUGUUUGUAUUGAUGUAGUGGAGAUUUUCAUUUUUUUGCCUGCUAUUGCUCCCAGGAGUGAAUCCUGACUGGAAAGAUGAACCUCUUGUGGUACUUGUUUUACUUAAAAAAAGAAAAAAACUUGUCAUGUUUCAGUGAAUGUUUUAAACUGGAAGGUCUUGGGAUUUUUCUUGUGGAGGGGAGGGAUUUGGGGUUAGGGUGGGAUGGGAUGGGUGGUGUAAUGGGCCUAAGAAAAGGGGUAUUUUAGACUGAACUUUAUGUUCAGUGGGUACGUUUAUUUUUCUGUCUGUAUAGCUUUCCUCCCCUCAGAAAAAAGAAGAGUCUAUUUAUAUAGGCUUGUGACCUCGCUACCUCUGAUUACUCUUACGAACUCUGUCGAUUAGUUGAAAGUUCCUAUGUAAUUAAUUGUAAAAAGUGUGUAGAUUAUGGUAACUUUUCACCUAAUGCUUUAACCUGCCCAUCUCUCAACACAGGUUUUUAAUGCUCAUAGAUUUUACACAUUAAUAUUGUUUUUAGCUGUUGUUUGUACUUGUCAGAUAUAGCCUUUUCUUGGUAGGGUGCCCUGGUCAUUGUGGCCCCACUUCAAAGUGUACUGUAGCAUCCUGCCUGGAGCAAAUAGUGUUUAGCUGAUUAGUUUAGAUGUAUAGUGUUCCAAAGAUCUUAUGAAUGUUGAGAACAGAGCUAACUAACAAGCAUUGCUAGACAAGUUCAUAACCAAAGUUUUAAAAAAGAUGUACUUAAGAUAUAUAGCAUACUAAAUUAUUUCUCUUUUUAUUUCUUUUUGCUUUAUAAAACAAAUUAUGAAUUAUAUUCUAAAUCCAGACAAAGAAAUCCACUCUUUUGAAGGAGUUUUGGCCAAUGAUUCUUGAUACAGAAGGAGGUUCUUGUGGUUUGCAAGGAAAGCUUGUGCUGAUUGGUGGGCCGGUAUUAUGUAAACUUUAUCGCCUGACAAAACCGGUAAAGUUUUAAAUGCAUGUUUCCCCGAACAUGCUUUUCUUGUUUCUUUUUGUUGGUAUUCAGAGUUCUUAUCACUUUAUAUUCCCUGACUUUAAGAAAAACAGGAUUUGAUGACAUUUUAUCUGUUCAGUUCAGACCAAAAAAAAAAGAAAAAAAAAGAAAAAAAAUAGGAAUUAUAAUCAGAAUUUAAAUGUGAAGUUCAAGUUGCUUGUUAGUUUUUUUUUAUGUUUUUUUUUAUGUUUUUUUUUUUUUUUUUUUUUUGAGCCAGACUUGUUAAAACUUGUAAGAAGGGAGAAGCAGAGAUGCACUGGACAACUGGACAACUUGUUGGUUUCCUGCAGCAUCUUUUUUUGUCUGAUUGUAUUCCAUUAUAACACAGUAUGAUUUUAAAUUAUUUUAAACUGUUCUACGCUGUACAUCAUUAUAAGAAACCACAAGUCGGGAAUGACCCCUCUAUUGUCUGUAGGUUUUGCUGAAACCUGUCCAGUGUAUCUGCUCUCAACAGUCACACUGUGGAUCAUAAACCUUCACUACAAGUUUUUCGUAUAGGCAUUCCUCCAUUAUGUCGGUAUAACUGUCCCUUUUCAUUAUUUUUUCAAUACCUCUUUUGUCAUCAUGUUAAAGUCUGUGAAAUGUUCGUUGUCACAGGGAUGCAGCUAUAGUUAUAUAAACAUCACUUUCGUUUUAAGGUACCUGCAUCCUGGACUCCCACAGCUGUUACAUUUUGUUGGAUUUUCGUAUCUUGUUUUGUUACUGCAUGGUACAUGUGAAUUUUUCACACCUUCCCAUCCACAAACAUAAUUUAUCAACACGUACAUUGUUGCUUGUGAACUCUUCUAGUUAAAGAGGGAGUCCGCAAUGCGUUGCCUUCAAACGUUAUUGUAUUAGUCAUCACUUACUGCAAUACAGCGCAAUGUCUGUAAUGCAAAAGGUGUUUGUACAAUGUGAUCUUUAGCCAUCUCUGCAAAAUAUUUUGCAGCUGCAUUUGAAUGCUUGCUUGUUUGACAUAACGAAAAAAAAAAAAAAAAAACUCCAAACUGUGACCACACUACUACUACUCUAUUAUUACUAGUACUACUACUACUAUUCAAAUACUUCAGGGAUUGUUCUGCAUCUGUUAAUGCAGACUCUCAGCUACAUUUGUAAGAUAUAGCAUUGUAUCAAUUUUCUCUGUAUUUUAAUCACGGGAAAAGCUAAACACUAGUUUCAUAUUUAAUACGAACAGGGGGGUACUUUUUCAACUAACAUGAAAAGCCUUGACAAAGGCGAGGCAGCUUGAAACGAAUCUACAUUUUUAGUUAGUAACACAAAUGGUUGCAAACUUGUACAAAGAACUAAGAAGAAAGAAAGCUCAUACCCAAAUCCACAAACUAUUUUUUAAACCAAAGCACAUUUGAAUGAUUAUGGAACCAUGUGUGGCUCUAAAAAAAAAAAAAAAGAAAGAAAAGAAACAUAUGUAUUUAUCUCAUUGUUUACAUAAACUUUUACAGUUUUACAGACCUCAGUCGGGGCUCGGCCGGUCAGAGAGAUGGUUUUGUGUGAGGGUUUUUUUUUUUUUUUUUUGUAUGCUUUUCCACAGAUGUUGCUGCCAAAACAAAAAGCGUAGCAUUGAACAUGAGGUGGCUACUGCAUAUUCAAUUAGGAGGAGGGUGUGUGGUUGUGUGGCACUCCCCCUCUUUGCCAGCUGGCUCUGGGGUGACCCUGCACCCCAGUCAUCCUGCCCUCUGGCCUGUCUUCAGAUGGGAUUGUAGGAAGGGGGGUGCUGGGCGAGGUAGCAUGUGCAUCCUUGACGUAUUAAUCAAAAGGCAUUGUUAGUCAGGGUCUUUAGCUCAAUGUUGUGUCUCUGUAUUUGCCCAAAUGCAUUUGAGGGCUACCUCUCUGCCUGGGUCUCUUGUUAAGUUGAAGUGUGUGUGUGUGUGUGUGUGUGUGUGUGUGUGUGUGUGUUGGGGGGUACUUGGAUUGUUUUACUCUGACAUGGUACAUCUCUCAUGCUGGCAGUCGUUGAAACCUAUCUGGAGAAUGUAGCAUUGAUUUGUUCUUUGCAUGUAAACAGGCUUAUCUUGUAGUCUUAACUGUGAAUGUUCUUGUUUUUCUGAUUCAGUGAUGUCUCAAAACAUUUUUUGUCGCGUUCUGUGAGUAAAACCUCUGGCUGGCCGAACCUCAAACAAAGUUGGCGCAAACACUUAUUGACAGUGUUCUUCUUUUUUUUUUUUUUUUUUUUUUUUUAUUAUUAUUAUCAAAUGUCUAUUGUCAGUGAUGAAUGUAUUUAUUUCUGGGCCUGCCCUCACCUCUUCAAAGAAUUUACUCAGUGUGUGGGACUGAGGUGGAGGCAGGACCACCCUUCUGUUUUUUUGUUUUUUUUUAAGGAUUUCAAGCUGAGAAUCAAAAUUGAGACACAAAACAUAGCCAUGAUCCACAAUCUGUGAAGUUGACUCUUUUUAUGGGAGAACAGAUGUACUUCUUCCAACUCAAAGAAAAUGGUCUAUGGCAUUUACUAUUUUCUCAGUUGUACCUGACACUCUGUAGGGUUUAAAUUCAUGUAAUUCACUAUGGGUGGGUUUUGUUUUUUUGUUUUUUUUCCCCCAUGCGGUCUUGAGUUCUCACUGACUGAUGGGGAGUUGAACUUUAACCCUUUGUGUGUCCAUCUAUGGACACAGGCAGGACACUGUUGCUGCCUGUGCAGAGCGGAGGCUACUGUAUCUUUUAAAGCUUGCUCUCCCUGGGUGUUGCCAUGCUGCUAAAAAAAAAAAAACAUGUACACAGCAGAAACAUGCACAUAUUCCACACUUUUCUCUGAGCAUUUAUGUUCUCCUGAAUUUUGUUAUAUUUCUUGUCUUAAACCACUUGCCACUUCUUCCAUCUCUUUUACAUGAUGUUAAUGUUUUUAGUGUCUGUUAGUUCCACAUUUGAGGAUUUUAGAAACGUUGGAUGAGAUAGCUUUACUAAGUGCACUUUGUAUGUUUUUCAAAGCCUCUGGAAGGACCCGGGUGCUCUCAUAUCAGUUCCGAUUUAACUGACGGUUUACUCUUUGUCUUUCUCUUCUUACCUCAUCAUUGUCAUUGUAAUUGUAAAAGAUACCAUAUCAUUAUGCAGUGUUAGAAAAGCUUUAAAAUUAAAAAUACGAAGCAGGAAACUUUUCCGAGUGACUGUAUUCAGCUCUUGUUAAAGUUUUAAUCUUAUUUCUUGAUUCUUUUGCGGUUCUUACUUCUUCCAUCAUCUCCAGGCAUUUUGCAUUCUAGAGGGGCUGGUCUGUCCAGUUAUUAUGGAGAUGCUCCUCCUCACCUCGGCAGACAGAACCAAAGCUAGUUUUAAAAUGGCCUCCAGUGCCAUUAAAUCCUGUCUAAGCUUUAUUGUCCCUUGCUCUAUCUCAGAUACACCUGACCCCUGCUUUAGCCCUUUGGCCCUCCGUAAUCUCUGUGUUACUGUGCAGGGGCCUGUAUUCUCCGCUCUGCUGCAUUUUUCAGUAUUUACUGUACCUUCAGUGAGAUUGUGCAGUAGUGACUUUAAAAAAAAAAAGAAAAAAAAAGAAAACACCAAAUUACCUCAAAACUUUCAGUGUUUACAGAAAUGUGCUGUUUGCCAUUAAAUUUAUAUUUUUUGCCGUCCACCUGUAACCAAAAUGUUCCUUUUGAAGAGUAUAUCACAGCAUAUUUUCAUAACUUUUCAUUUUCAUAUACCUAUGGAUUUAUAAAGGCACACUGUCACCUUGAGGUGCACUACAUUUAUGGACAGACAUGAUUAGCUGCUAAAAAAUAUAGUACUUGAAGAGUUGAUUAGUGGAGUUGCUCAUAAGGUGGGUGUAUUGAGCUUCCUCUCUAGUUUUCUUCAGGAACAGCUUCUCAAUAAUAUAUCAGCAUCUAUGGACUGAGAGGCUCUGGAAUGGACAUGUAGGGUCUUUGCCGAUGAAUAAUUAAAGGGCAAGAAGCUCCCCCCCCCCUCCCCCCCCUGGCAAACACUUCACAUGCAAAGGUGCACACACCCAGGUGCACUUUUGUUGCCGUGUAUGCGCAUAAACCUUCAGUAAUGCAAACACAGAUGCCACCGUCUAGACUGCAAACACCAUGUAACAUGCACACACUAGUAUUUUUAAGGUGAGGUUUUCUGACCCUUUUUGUGGCUUUUGGCAGCACCCAGGCUGGGCUCUCUCUUUAUCUCCACUUCUUAGAGAGCUCGUAUUCAGGUUGGAGCCGCCGCCGUGCAUAACGACGGGGCUCGCAAAUUCAAAGUGUCAUAAAGUGUAAUACAGCUGACCUCAGCACUCACAACCUUGCAGUCUUAAUGUACAGCAGUGAGGAAAAAUAAACUGUUAUUUUAUGAUCUUUUCAUUAAAAGCUUGAUUGAAAACCAAAA